ACCAGGGUUAAGGUGCAAGCUGUUCGGCUUAUUUCCGAUAUUUGUUCGUAGUUUCCUGAUCCGCAAGGCAUCACCUCUUGCUGCCUGCUGCCUUGUAGGCCCAAGGCUGAUGUAACUUGUUCGUGUUAUCAUCCGUGUUCUUCCUGAUCCGCAAGGCAAUCACCUCUUGCUGCCUUGUAGGCCCAAGGCUGAUGUAACUUGUUCGUGUUAUCAUCCGUGUUCUUCCUGAUCCGCAAGGCAAUCACCUCUUGCUGCAAGACAGUUUCACAAUUUGUGUAGUGUCUGCCAUCUUCCAAGCCCAUAAUUCCGAUGCAUACCGUCGGUUUUACCGUCCGGGGUCAUCCAUAUCAUGAGGUUGAGAUGUCCAUCCUGGACCAUUGAAAAUAAGGCUCCCAAUUCGGGUCUCCCCCUUAUUCUCUGCCAAAAUGGAGACUCGCCUCUUGGUUACAGCUCGGGUUCCACCACAAUAAGGUUCGGGCGAGCUGUAUGGCCAAGGCAAGAUUUUAAGACCAGAGUCCCGAUCCCCCGCUCGGUCACCCUAUGACUUCGGAUGCCGCCCGGUUCGUCCUACUCAAGAUCUUUUACACCAUCUCCCAAGCUGAGUCCGGGCUUGGUUAACCUGCAUCUUUUUUUUUUUUUUUUUUUUUUUUUUUUUUGUGCUGAGAUGGUGGCUCCCCAUGGAUCGAGACAAGUGGUAUCUAUCGAUCGAGGUGAGACUUUAUGGAAUGUGAAGAUGCCUCCUAAGCAAAUAAUGUCGUGCUGUGGGGCUGAUCAUGAUAUGAGGAACAUGAAUAAUCCAAGGGUCUUGCGAGUGCCCUCUGCUCAAGGACAAUGGCAGCAACUGCGGCAGCGGUCCACAAAAUGUAGCCAUGCUGAAAGUCAAGCAACGGUCCUCAUCCGCGCAGUGCGGGGACGAGGCCGGUCUUCAAAUAUGAUAAUGGCACCGUACCAGAGGGUCGGUGGCCAUGUAAUGAGGUCGCCACUGGGGGCUGAUCGGAACAGAACUAGCAACGGUCCUUAUCUGCACGAUGCGGGGACAAUGCCGGUCUUCAAAUAUGAUAAGGGCACCGUACCAAAGGGUCGGUGGCCAUGUAAUGAUGUCGGCGCUGGGGGCCGAUCAGAAACAAAUAAUCAACGGUCCUCAUCCGUGAGGAGCAGAAAUGAGGCCGGUCUUCCAAAUGAUCACCAUGCCGAGCCAGAAGAGUCGGUUGUGGUGAGAGGAAAGUCGGCGCUGGGAGGCCGAUCUGUAAAUCCGAGGGUCUUACAGGCGCCCUCAGCCCAUAAUGUUGCUCUAGGUGCCGAACGGCGAAGGCCGGAUUGCCAGUCAGGUAGCGUAAUCUGAAAGCUCGUGUAUCGUAUAGUCCAUAGAACUUCCCUUCAUGUGUUGUGACAUCUAUACAUUUGUAGUCUCUUCUUUUCUCAAUUGUCCAUGAUUCCUUCUACACACUAGUAACCUCACUCUCUCUCUCACUCCUUUUUUUUUUCCUUUCUU